CAAAGAUGAGAGUCAUAAGUAAAUAUUUUUUAGGGAACAUACAUGCACAUGUAUUGCAUAUGUUGCAUGCAUUAUCAGUUACUUUGGAUAAAAUCAAAAUCAAUGUCUAGUGUGCAGAAAUUACAAAAACAUUGUGAGAAAGCAUGGGAUGUCUGUUGUACAUUUGCAUUUUUGUGUGUGGUAAUGGACUGCGAGGUACACAUGUGCUCAUACUGACGGAAGAAAGUGUGAACACCAAGCUGCUCUAGAUUUGACCUUUUCCUCAAAAAUGAAACUUAAGGGUGGUGGUAUGCAGCAGCAAACAGAUUCUUCCCUUUUCAGUAAACACUAGCAUGACAACUGUGGAAAUGUGCAAAACUGUGGUUUAUAAGUGAAAGCCUGACCUGUCGAGGGUUAGCAAACUGAAGCAUUUAUAAGUAAGACCCCUGCUCCCACAUCUCAGAUCAGAUGAACUGCACCUGACAAAGAGACUGGAACAUGAGCUUUUUCAAAGUUAUCCUUUUAGUCAGCAUCAGCACACAGUGCCACGCAGACACAGUGAACAUGAGCGUCCUGCUGGAGCAGAAUGUCACUCUGCCCUGCUUCCUGAACUCCAGCUCUGAGAUGGCAUGGUAUCGACUGAGCUCUGAGCACAUUACUUUACUCAUAUCUGCAGCAAGAGGAAACCUUAACAAAAAAGAUUUAGUUACUUACUAUAAUGAGAAUGGCAGUCACUUUGGGCUGGAAGCAGACAGGAGGAUGGACUCGGUCAGCCUGGUGAUCUCUGGGGUCCGAGAGUCAGAUCUGGGGCUGUACUACUGCGCUCUUGGUGUCAGGGCAAAGACGAUGCACUUUGGCACUGCUGUUAGACUCACAUUUGAAGACGCUGAACUGCGGCGUUCAUCAGAAAGUGUGGGCUGCAGGAUGCUGUUGGUCUGUGCUUGUGUUGUUUGUGGGGUUUGCAGUACUCUCUGCGUGACUGUGCUUUGUUACAGACAAGGUUCUUCCAGGGUCUGUUGCAUCAGCUGCGUGACAGAAAACUCAAAUGUCAAGGCAGCACAAGUACAGUAUUCCAGUCUCCGGUUCCUCAGACGGUCCAGAGCCACGGCUCCUGCUCCAGUCAAUGUGAUAUACGCAGCUAUAAACAACCACACGUCCUGAUUUCACCGCAUUUAACCAGCUUCA